AUGUUUAUAGGCACAAGACAAAGCCCCAUCAACAUUGACACGAAGUAUACGAGUAUUCUGACUGAUAGGACUGUAUCAAUUGAUGGAAGAAAUGUUUCGCCUGUUACAUUAAGCUAUGAUGCAAGUAAUUUGAAGAUAACUGAUAAUUUCAUUGCUGGUGCUACUUUAAGAUCAGAUGAGGAAGUGAGAGAGUAUACAUCUGUUAAUACUCAUUUCCAUGCUCCAUCUGAGCAUACUAUUGAUGGAGUCCAAGCUGAUCUUGAAUCUCACACAGUAUUUGCCAGACAAGGUAGAACUUAUGCUGAUUAUAUUGUUUUGAGUGUAAUGUGGGUUCAUGAAAACGAUGCUAAAAAUGAUUCUUACUUAGAAGCUAUCAAUGCUGGUGGACUCACAAGUACUCCAUCAACACAAAGUAUUUCAAAUGUUCCUUUUAAAGACUUCUACGGGUGGGCAAGCCCAAAAGAAAAGUAUACUUAUGUCGGAUCUCUGACUACACCAAACUGCACUGAAAAUGUUGAAUGGUUUGUUGUAAAGGAAAAGAGAAAGAUUAACUCUGCUCAGCUUUUAGAGUACACCAGCAAGUGGGCAGGAAACAGCGGAUUUGCUUCAGGUAAAGGAAACAACAGAAUCUUGAGACCCCUUGGAGCUAGACAAGUUCAUCUCACACACGGAGAAAAGAUUGAUAAAUGGGAACUAGCAUCGAUAGUCCUCUUUUGCUUGUUAGGUCUUCUUUUAUUUGUCCUCUCAGGAAUGAUAUACUAUAAAUUCGUGUAUAAAAGGAACAAAAACCAAAGUAAUAAAGUAAGUCCAACCUAGAGAAAGACAGCUUGUUCUGGAACUUUGAUUCAAGGGUUCUUCAGUCUCUCUGCUAAGGGACUAGGACAAAACUAUGCCUUAAAGAACCCACUUUAAGAUCUUCAAAUUUUGUAGCCGAGCUUAUCCGAUAUUUAUUGAUUUUGAUAAUAGGGAUAUGGAAGAAAUUCAGAAGCUCAAGGCUUGAAAAAUGAAGGAGGACAAGAGAGUCACCCAUGUGCAGAAGAAAACUAGU